AUGAUUCUCUCAGCAGAUGAGAAUCUUCCACCUCCACCUCCAUACGAGGCUCAAGAGAAACAUGGCUCGUCUUCUCGUCUUCUCGUCUACCCACCGAAUCUACAAGCUCGUCGCGUUCUCCAGGUGGACCCUCUGAUCCUCAGUCAAAGCGCGACCGCUCCCUUCAUCCUCUUUAACCUUACCGCUUUGCCUCUCCCAAACCCCCAAACCCGUCGUCGUGCCAGAUGGGAUUCACCUUUUGUCAAGGGCUAUAACAAAUUGCUCGCAGACGUAGGAAUACCUCAAGUGCCCUUUCUCAACUUUAUCAACGUCAACUUUAUCGACGGGUUGAAUCUCGCUAUAGCUGUAUCUCCACCUCUCCGCGUUGUAGAUAUCACAGGUAAAGCUAUUGGUUAUGUAUCACUGGGCAAUGAUCUCAGGGACCUACCAUUCUACAACCUUCCACCUCCCAAACUGGACCUUCCGCACACGUCCUCUCCAAAACCCUAA